AUGCACUCCUCUAAAAGCACAAGUGAUCAAAUAAGCAACAAACAUUCCCCUAUUUAUGAUAUCAAGGCUAUAGUAAUCGAUACAGGAUCAAGUGGUUGUCGUGUUGGUUUUGCCAAUGAAGACACACCAAAAUUUGUUACAAAUUUCGAGGAGGAAAGUUCUCCCAUUCACUAUGGUCACAUAGUUGAUAAUGAUAAACUUGUCAAGGAAUGGAUGAAAGCUUUGAAUCACUUGGAAUUAGUCUACUCCGAAUACCCUUUUCUGAUAACUACACCUACGGCUAUUUCGAGAAAAGAACUAGAAGGUCUCGUUCAGAAUGCUUUUGAAGUAUUCAAGGUUCCAGCUAUGCUGCCUUUCGAUCAGUCAAUAUUAUCCUUAUAUUCAGCAGGGAAAGUAAGCGGUUUAGUAUUGGACUGUGGCCAUGAACAAACUUCAAGUGUUCCUAUAGUGGAAGGUAAAAUUUAUCACCCCGGAGUUGUUACGUCGCAAUUAGGUGGAGUGGAUGUCACCAAAUACCUCGGAGAAUUGCUCGGACGACAGAGUUUCCUGGGUGACAUAAAGGAGACGGCUUGUCGAAUUCAUAUCAAUCCCAAUAAUCGGAAUAACUUGCAGAAAAUCGAACUUACUCUUUCAAACGGAGAAGUGAUUUUAUUGGGAAAGGAGAGAUUCGAAGGUCCUGAAAUCCUCUUCACCCCGCAAUUACUACAGCAAAAACCUGCGCCAUUGUCUAUUCAGGAAACGAUCUACCAUACAAUACGUAAAUGUGAUGCAGAAAUUCGCAAAAUGUUAUAUGAGAAUAUGGUUCUAACGGGAGGGAGUUCAAUGUUCGCUAAUUUCGGCCCUCGUUUGAUAAAGUGUCUGAAAGUAUUGUCACCGUCUCAAACCAAGAUUAAAAUGGACGACACCCAUGUGGGUGGGCGGUACAUGGCCUGGGCUGGAGGAUGUUUGUUGGCUCACACCCAAUCGAAUAUCCCGUGGAUUACAAAUCAUGAUUAUUGCGAGCACGGAGCUGCCAUAGUCCACAAAAUGGGUACAUACGAGCCUCAGAAUUGA